AUGCCGAAGAAGAAGGAGCAGCUGAAGCUCAUGGCGAGGUACGUCGGCCUCCUCCGCACGAGCUUCACCGGGUUCGUCAUCAGGCGCACGGUCGAGUCGGUCGACUGGGAAGGCAAUCCCAUCUCCGGCCUCCGGCCGUAUUUCAUGCAGACCCUGCUCAUCAAACCGCAACCCGUCGAGCUGCAGGCCCUCGAGAACACCACGAAGGAGGUCAUCGAGGAGCACGGCAAGAGCGCUCGUCGCGCUCGGGAAGCGGCCGAGCACAAAGGCCGGGCGUUCUACCUCCGGUUCCGCGUCACCCAUCUGUGCUACAUGCUCCGCGAGGACCCGGAGUGGGUCCCGGAGACGUUGGAGGAGUGGGAGGCAAACAAGUCCAGCAAACUCGACAUCGCCGUUAAGCUCCUCCUCCACCACCUCGGCACGGACAAUCGACCUCCAAUGAAGAUGGACGAUAAGCGGACUAACAGCCUGGUGCCCAACACCACCUUCGUGCCCACAACCCCUCCCUCUGAUGCUGGACCCGACCGCAUCGUCGUUUACGUCGCCUUCCCGCAGAACAACAACCUGAUCGCCCAGGUGCUCAAACUACACGGCAUUGAGUGUUACGCGGUCAACGGACUCAAGUCGCAAGGCAACCGCGACAAGGCCUUGGGCGAGUUCCAGCAGUCAGAGCGCGGAGGCCGUCGGGUCCUGCUCCUCUCCAACGUCGGCGCCGUGGGCCUCAACAUCCCCGGCGCAAACAUCCUCAUCGUCUUGGAUCAGUUGUGGUCGCAUCAGGAGCUGAUGCAGCUCGUCGGCCGGGUUUGGCGCCCCCCUCAGCCCAAGGACGUCAUCGUAUACGCCCCCGUUCUUGAACAUUCCACCGACAUGUUCUUGAGCGUCCUGUCCUUCACCAAGGCGGAGCUGCUGUCCGCGUUCACGUCCGGGUCGAAGUCUCUCCGUAAGUCCCAACGUCUUGUUACAUCAUUUGAAGUAAAUUGUGCUAAAGUUAUCAUCUACAGGCCAGCUGUUCAAACAUCUCCUUCCGCCGUCUUUGGCGGAGGGAGAUGA